AUGUCGACGCCAGCUGGAGCGCCAGGCGCUGGCCACGCUGAAAUUGGGGUCAGCAGAGUCGAGGCCUUCAACAAGGUCCUGUACCAGUCGGGCAAGUCUGGCAAGAUACUGCUCUGGCUGCUGGGCAUCUCCAUCGGCCUGACCAUGUUUGCCUAUGCGCUCGACCAGGGCAUCACCUCCACCAUCUUCACUACCAUGGCCAGUUCCACCUUCGGACAGCACAGCUCGCUCGCAGCCGUCAGUACCGCCAGUCAGAUCAUCCGGGCCAUCAGCAAGCCUUUCAUCGGCAAGCUGGCGGACAUCACCUCGCGUCCCACUACCUACGUCGUCGUCCUCGUCUUCUACAUCGUUGGCUUUGCCGUCGCCGCCAGCUCGAGCACCUUUGCAGCCUACACGGUGGGCAUCUGCUUCACCUCGGUCGGCAAAUCCGGGCUCGACCUGUUGAGCGACAUCAUCGUCGGGGACUUGACACCGCUGCAGUGGCGAGGUUUCUUCGGUGCCGCCCUGUCGAUCCCCUUUAUCAUUACCGUACCCGUCAACGGCUUUAUCGCCGAGGCCUUCGUCGACAACUGGCGAUGGGGCUUGGGCAUGUUUGCCAUUAUCGUGCCCGUCAUGCUUAUACCAGCCAUCUUCACCCUGUAUUCGAUGCAGCGGCGAGGAGAAAAGAUGGGCAUGGUCACCAUGGCCGCUUCGAAGCGCCUGAGGACCGGGGUUGUGGGUGACUCUGAGGAGCCUACUAAAUCAAAGGGGUUCGCCUACUGGAUAAAGCUCCUUCGCGAGGGCCUGAUCGACAUCGACAUCCUCGGACUCAUUAUCCUCGGAGCAUCCUUUUCACUCAUCUUGCUGCCCUUCACCCUUGCAAAGGACGCCAAUGGCGGUUGGGCCAACGCAGGCAUAGUUGUCAUGCUCGUCAUCGGCUUCGUCCUGCUCAUUGCCUUUGUUCUCUUCGAGAUGUACCUCGCCCCGAAGCCGCUCAUGACAAAGCGCAUCCUCAAGAACCGCACCUUCCUCGCCGCGGUCACCAUCUACACCUUCAACCAGACGGCCUCGGCAGUCCGCAACACGUACUUCUCCUCGUACAUCUACAUCAUCAAAGACUGGUCGACGUACAACUGGACCAUAUUCUUGGGUAUCACAACCAUGGGACUCAGUAUCAUGGGGCCCAUUGUCGGCCUCAUCCAGAGGCGCACACACCGAUACAAGUCCCUGAUGGUCUUUGGCGCUGUGGCGAGAUUGAUUGGCUACGGCCUGCUGGUCCAAAGCAACGGCAGCAUGGUACAAGACACUGCGCGCCUGGUCGCCGCCCAGUUAAUCUUCUGCCUGGGCUCCUUCAACGUCGUCGGCGCCCGCGUGGGCAGCCAGGCCUCGGUGCCGCAUGAGGACAUGGCCUCGAUCAUCGCUCUUCUCUCGCUGUGGUCUACCUUGGGGUCGUCCAUCGGCAGUGCCGUCUCGUCGGCCAUCUGGACGAAUGAGAUGCUCAAUCGCAUGCACAUGGAGAUGACCGGGGUCGAUGAGGCGACCAUCUUGAAGCUCUACGGAAACAUAAAAAAGCUACGCACAAGCUACAGCUUCGAUAAUCCCGCCAGGCAGGGUGCCAUCCGUGCGUAUGCCUAUGUUAACGGCCACAUCGCUAUUACCGCCCUUCUCCUGGCUUCUGUGUCGUUGCUUGCCACCUUCUUCAUGCCCGACUUUUACCUGGGCAGGCAGCAGAACGCCGUCACGAACACGGGUCUCGAUGGUGAGAGGGUCGAUGUGCCGCAACGACAGUCUGGGAAGCAGGGGGGACUUGCCCAUGUCAAAGAGGAGUCGAAGCCGUUCUAUCGCCGGUGGCUUGCUGCUUACCACAAGGACGUAUAG